AUGAAAGCCACCGCCCUUAUGGUCUUCAGCGACUCCAAGCUGGUGGUCAAUCAGGUAUCAGGGGAGUAUGAGGCAAGGGAUGGAAGAAUGUCCAAGUAUCAAGUGUUGGUGCGGGAAGAAAUCAAGAAGUUCCCUGCGAUAAGAGUGGAACAAAUCAACCGCGAAGAAAACAACUCGGCUGACGAAUUGGCUGGGCUCGCCUCCACUCAGACAGCUUUUCCUAACCCCUUUAUGAUAGAGUUUUUACCUCGGCCAAGUAUUGAGGAACCGGAAGCAACCGAGGUGCUCUGUACCGACUUGGGUCCUUCCUGGAUGGAUCCCAUCAUCGCCUUCUUAAAAGACAGAGUUCUACCGGAAGAAAAGAAGGCAGCCCACAAAAUCCGAGCAAAGUCAGAGCGGUUUUGGCUUUCCCCAUCUGGAGCCUUGUAUAAGAAGUCCUUCACCGGGCCGUAUUUGAAGUGUAUCCACCCCGCCAAAGUGAAGACUUUUCUCUACGACAUACAUGAGGGCAUUUGCGGAAGCCAUAUUGGGGGCAGGUGUGAGAAGUGUCAGAAGUUCGCUCACCAGAUCCAUCAGCUGGCUAGAGAUUUGCUCCCUCUCACAAGUCCUUGGCAGUUCGCGCUUUGGGGAUUGGAUAUUGUUGGACCACUCCCAGCAGCGCCGGGCAAUCGCAAGUUCUUCAUCGCCGCCACCGACUACUUCACCAAGUGGGUGGAGGCCGAGCCACUGGCGACCAUAAAGGAAAAGGAUGUGAAGAAGUUUGUUUGGCAAAACAUCAUUACUCGCUUCGGUAUACCCAGGGCCCUCGUCUCAGAUAACGGCACUCAAUUUGAUGGGAAGCUCUUUCGCGGAUUUUGCGAAGAGUUGAAGAUCAAGUUCUACAAUUCGACACCGGCCUAUCCUCAGUCUAACGGUCAAGCAGAGGCCUCCAACAAGACUAUCUUGGAUGGGCUAAAGAAGCGGCUUGAAAAAGCCAAGGGGAAAUGGGCUGAGGAGCUUCCCAACGUGCUCUGGGCAUACCGCACUACCCCAAGAAGGUCGACCGGGAAAACACCAUUCACUUUGGCCUACGGCAUGGAGGCAGUCAUCCCGUUGGAAAUCGGCAUGCCAACCAUCCGCUCUGAAAGUUUCCAGCCUGAUCUGAAUAAUGAAGCCGUGGCAUCGGAAUUAGACCUUGCCAAGGAAAGAAGGGAGCGGGCACUAGUCCACAUCGCAGCUUAUCAACAAGAACUCUCCAAGAAAUACAACAAGGCGGUGCACCCCAGGCUAUUCAAGGUUGGAGACUGGGUUUUGAGAAAGGUACUAGGCAACACGGUGGUCCAAGGCGAAGGAAAGCUUGGUGCGAAUUGGGAAGGACCAUACAAGCUUUUCCAGACCCUUAGCCUCUUGGCACUAGAUGUAAAAGAUAGCAAUGCUUUUGUAAUAAAAAUAGCACUCUUGUUUGGUAUUACAUCUCUGUACAAUGAAAUCGCAAGGAUACAAGGCAAUCAUCGAUGCCAGGGGCAAGGAGACCGCCCUGAAUGA